CCGAAGUUGCCGCCGCCGCCAAAUUCUUAGCUGAACUUCCAUAUCUUCUUAAAUCUUCAAUUAAUCGACGAAGUAAGGACCGACCACUCACAGCCACGACGACGAACUUCUGGGUCUUCUUCAAUAUUCAAUUGAUCGAUCAACUAAGGACCGGCCACCCACCACGACGAACUCCCUUGCGACGAACUUCUGGGUCUCGAACGCAUCUCCGGAUACUUUUGAUUCUACAAUUCAAGAGGAACUUAGAGCAAAGCGAAAGAUGAUUAGGGCUUAGUUUUCAAUAGCUCGAAUAAGAAUACAAUUCUGGUUGAUGAUGAUGCAAGUUUCAUUCGAAAUUUUCAGAUAAAUUCUCGAAGCAAAGCACCUGAUUUAGGUUUAGGGUUUUAUGGCAGCUAAAUCAGUGAUAACGGCUAGCUACUGUCCUUCCCUCCUCAAACUAUCAACUCGUUUCCAUGGCUCUCUUUCCUCCCAACCAUUCUUUUCAGAAACCCAAGCUCAAGACAAUGAUGUUACCAAAGUACUCACCGUUAUCAACUCGUCCUGUUCAUCAACACAACUGAAACGAUCUUUACAAUCAAGUGGAAUCUCCAUCUCCAAUGAUUUGGUCGAUAGGGUUUUGAAAAGGGUCAGAUUUAGCCAUUGCAAUCCUCUUCAAGCUCUAGAGUUCUUCAAUUUCACAGGCAGACUAAGAGGGUUUAUUCACACAUCCUAUUCCUUAGACACCAUGCUUUAUAUACUUGGACGGAGUCGAAAAUUCAGUCUGAUUUGGGAUGUACUAAUCGAAAUAAAGGGUAAAGACCGAUCGUUGAUUUCAGUUCGGACUGUUAAUAUUGUCUUAGCUCGUGUUGCCAAGGUUUGUUCGGUUAGGCAGACGGUGGAAUCGUUCAAGAAGUUUCGUAAGUUGGUUGUGGAGUUCGAUACUAACUGCUUCAAUGCUUUGUUGAGAGCUUUAUGUCAAGAGAAGAGUAUGACUGAUGCGAGAAAUGUGUAUCACAGUCUUAAGUUUGAUAUGAAGCCGAAUUUGCAGACUUUUAAUAUAUUACUCUCGGGUUGGAAGUCUGUGGAGGAGGUAGAGACAUUCUUUGAUGAGAUGCGAGAAAUGGGAGUAAACCCUGACGUUGUUUCCUACAAUUGUUUGAUCGAUGUGUAUUGUAAAGGAAGAUGUUUGGAGAAGGCUUACCAGGUGUUUGAUAAAAUGCGAGAUGAGGAUAUAACACCCGAUGUUAUAUCUUACACGAGUUUAAUCGGGGGACUUGGGUUAAUGGGUCAGCCCGAUAAAGCGAGGGCGGUUUUAACCGAAAUGAAGGAGUAUGGUUGUUAUCCGGAUGUUGCAGCGUACAAUGCUGUUGUGAGGAACUUCUGUAUAGCAAAAAGGAUCGGAGAUGCUUAUAGCGUGAUGGAUGAGAUGGUGGGGAAAGGGUUGAAGCCUAAUGCUGUUACCUACAACGUGUUAUUUAGGUCGUUUUACUGGUUUAACGAUAUGAGGAGUUGUUGGAGCUUGUAUAUGAGAAUGAAAGAAACGGGGUGUUUACCAAAUACGCAGAGUUGUAUGUUUUUGAUGAAGAUAUUGAAGAAACACGAGAAGGUAGAGAUGGCGAUUGAGGUUUGGAACGAUAUGGUUGAAAUGGGUUUUGGAUCGUAUAGCUUGGUUUCGGAUGUGUUGUUUGAUUUUCUUUGCGAUAUGGGUAAAUUGGUUGAGGCGGAGAAGUGCUUGUUGCAGAUGGUGGAGAAAGGGCAACGGCCUAGUGGUGUUUCGUUUAAGAGGGUUAAGGUGUUGAUGGAGUUAGCUAAUAAGAAGGAGGAUCUUGAAAGAUUGACUAUGGUUAUGGCGGAUGCAUUUGGUCCUCCUUUUAAUGUUAUUGAAUUUGAAGAAGAAGAAAAAGACCCGUUAGAGCAAUCAAUUUCUUCUCGUUAAGGUAUGCUUAAAUUAGGUUUUAGGUGGUUGAAUUUGGUAUACCAUGUAUUUUAUCAAAUUUUGACCUGAGUUAUUCAUAAUCCUGUAAAAUGAGAGCGUUGUUGCGAAUUUGAUCUAUUUUAAAAUAGUAGAUGUAUUUUGCAGUGUUACAUUUACGACAAAGGAUAUAUAUAUGAUAAAAAGGUUAAUGAGACUAUUAUUGUAUAACUCAAUCUUUAUCCAUCCAUACAUAAUUUCAGACUACUUACUAGUUACAA